GCCGCCUGCCUGCCGAAGAAGGGAGAGAGGCAGGCAGGCAUGUGCUGUGUUGGGUCCGCCCGCCGGAGUCUGUCCCCGCCCGGUCGAGUCCCUCCUUCGGAAGCAGCCGCCUGACCAGCUGUAGUGCAAUGACAGACCCCUCUAGAUGGAUUGCACAUUUAUGCAGAACUGAAGAAUUGAGGUAGCCCUCUCUGAAACUUGGGAUUCUGAAUUGCUGUUACUUCCCCUAGUAUGGGUACAUCAUUUCUGCUUUGUCUCAUGCUGGUAUUGUUGCCUGUAAGAAAUCUUGGAAACACUUGGCAAUGCCCGCAUAUUCCUUAUAACUCAACCAGAGAUUAUACAGUGCAAUAUAACCUGCCUACAUUCAUGGCUGAGGGUGUCAUCCAGAACAUAGUCACAUAUGAAUCAGCUGACGCAAUCUUUGUUGCCAUUCGGAACAAGAUCUACAUUCUGAACUCAAAGCUAGCAAUUCUCUCCACUGUAGUGACUGGUCCUUGGGGAAGUGCCAAGUGUAAGAUCUGUGCCAAGUGCCAAACAAAAGGACCAAUGAAUGUUGAAGACACAGAUAACAAAGUUUUGGUGAUGGAUCCGUAUGAACCUUGGCUUUACAGUUGUGGGUCUUCUCAGCAUGGUGUCUGCUUCCUGCAUGAGAUUAAGAUACAGGGCGAUAUAGUUUUCUUUAAAGAAACUGCAUGCUUAUAUUCAGCUCAACUUAAUAAGCCUUCUGAUUGUCCAGACUGUAUUGCCAGUGCCUUGGGCACCAGAACUGUAGUUGUUGAUAAAGGUGCAUCUUACUUCUAUGUUGCGUCUACCAUCAACAGGACCAUCGCUGAGACAUACAGUCCCAAAUCAGUGUCUAUACGAAGACUGAAGAGCACUAAGGAUGGUUUUGACCAUUCUUUCCACUACUUAACUGUGCUGCCUGAGUAUCAAGACACGUACCCCAUUGACUAUGUGUAUUCCUUUAAAGACCAGCACUUUGUAUAUUUUCUGACAGUCCAAAGAGAAAGCCCUAGCUCCAAAUUAUACCACACUAGGAUAGUGCGGCUCAGCACUGAGGAUAAUGACUUGCAGAAAUACCGUGAGCUGAACUUGGAUUGUCGCUUUGAAUCCAAGCGGAGGCGGAAAAGAGGACUUGCGGUGAACUUGAGGGAUGUAGCUUUUAAUGUCCUGCAGGCGGCUCAUGCUACCAAGCCAGGCUCAAAGCUGGCCCAAGAGAUCAGUGUCAGUGAAACAGAUCUGGUUCUCUUUGGCGCGUUUGCUGAAAGCCACCCAGAGAGCAUGAUGCCACAGAAGAAUUCUGCUGUUUGUGCUUUCCCUGUCAGCAUGAUCAACCAAGCAAUUGAUGAAGGAAUGAACAAGUGCUGCAGUUCAAGGGUCCAUGACAAGAUGCUUCGAGGACUGAUGUUUUAUCAAGAUAUUGAGUACUGCCCACAUAACGUGAAUUCUUCGGUGGUAGACACGAGCUGCUGGAAGAAGCCCACCAUGAUCACUAGAGACAGCUACAGGGUGGAUCUCUUCAAUGGACGCAUGGCUGCAGUGCUGCUGACCUCCAUCUACGUAACUGCAAUUGGUGAAGUGACUGUUGCUCACAUGGGCACCUCAGAAGGACGGGUUAUGCAGGUGGUGCUUCAGAGAUCCCUGGCCUACACAGUCACAGUGGCCAACUUCUCCUUGGUGGAGAGAUUGCCAGUGCUGCGAGAGGUCAACAGGCUGCAGGAUUCUUUGUUCUUUGUCACAGGAAAUAAGGUGUCCCAGGUGAACAUGACUGGCCCAGGUUGUCACCAUUUCCUGACCUGCAUCCGCUGCCUGAAGGCAGAGAAAUUUAUGCAGUGUGGAUGGUGUGGGAAUUCAUGCACUCAUCGGGAAGAAUGCAAGACACUGUGGAACAAGGAGAGCUGCCCGCCUGUCCUCACUGAUUUUCACCCCAAAAAUGCACCGCUGCAUGGCAGCACUAAGGUGACUCUCUGUGGCAUGGGGUUUCAGUCACGUCCAUUUUUCUCUGGUGGUGUGGAUUCACUAAUUCCCCUGGGUAACUACCAGGUUACAGUGGGACAGAAGAAUUGCACUGUGUUGUUUGAGGAGAGCCUUGCAAACAGGCUCAGCCAGGUGCCACCCUGGAAGGAUUCUGGUCAAGUUAUUGUCUGCGUUUUAAAGCCACAGGAGAAACAGGUAGAUCUGGAGCCACAAAGAGUUGAAGUCACAAUCAUGGAGAAGAGACAGACCUCGUUUUAUAUCAAUGGUUCUUCGGUCCGCAAUGGCUUUGUGUUUGUGGAGCCAAAAGUAAUUUCUAUCCACCCUGAAUAUGGCCCACAAGCUGGAGGAACAGAGAUCUUUAUCUGGGGACAAAACCUCCUGGUUGGGGGCACAAGGAAGGUGAUGAUUAAUGGCCUGGAUUGCCCAUUGAUCAAGCAAAGGGAAAGCCAGGAAGAAGAGACCAUAAUUUGCACCAGUCCUGCUUCAAGCAACCUGACCAGAGCUUCUGUGACCGUAGUAAUAGAUGAAGAACAAUUUCACUGCCCACAGCGCUUCUGGUAUCGAAAAGAUCCCAAAAUAUAUCAUAUAUCUCCAAACUGCAGCUAUGAAGGUUCAAAUAUUUCCAUCGCUGGCACCAAUUUGGAUUCAGUAUAUUACACAAAGGUGCAAUUUGAGUCUGCAGGAGUGCAAACGGAAGCCAAAGUAUGCAAGGGGCCACCAUCUGCAAAGAGUCUAGUGUGCCAGAGUCCUGCCUACCCAUUUGAAAACAAAAGGGAGAGUGUUCAUGGGACCUUGAGAAUCUUGAUGGAUGACGCUCCAGGGCACAAGGAAUUUCGCUACUACUACUACCCCAAGCCACAGAUCUACCCCUUUGAGAAUGAAGACAAAUUGUAUAUACUCAUGCAAGGAGAAGAUAUGAUCAAGAUUCAUCAUAAAGGUCUGGAUGCUCUGGUAGGUUGCAUGACAAUCUCUGUGACUGUAGCGGGCAGGAAGUGCCACCCCACUGUGCUGAAGAAUGAGGUGACUUGUCGAAUCCCCAAGGACCUCAACGUUCCUCUAGAUGGUCUGCCUGUUCAGAUUUGUGUGAGUGACAACUGCACAGACCUGGGCUUUGUGACUGUGAUCUCCUCCUUGUCCCCUGUCGCUGUUGUCUUGGGGACCAUUGUAGCCAUCUUGGUUCUCUGUCUCUUGGGAUUUCUACUGAUGAAAUAUAUCCGGAGGAGGAAGAAGAAGAAGACAGGAACUGAGAACUUGGAGAGAUUAAGCUUCAACAGGGGCACGCCAACCAUUGCUCUGCUUCCCUUCAAUGCUGGUUACACAACUGGUACUGGUAGCAGUGAUGGUUCUGCUGUGCCUCUCAUGCGGUUGCAGUCUUGCUCCAUUGAAAAUCUUCGCCCAGAACUUCUGGAAGAGGUGAAGGAUGUCCUGAUUCCAGAAGAGCAGCUGGUAAUGCACAAGGAUCAGAUCAUUGGUAAAGGGCAUUUUGGAAGUGUUUACCAUGGAACAUACAUAGAUCCUUACCAGAUAAAGAUACGCUGUGCUGUUAAAUCCCUGAACCGAAUCACUGACUUGGAGGAAGUGGAAGAGUUCUUGAAGGAAGGGAUUCUGAUGAAGAGUUUCCAUCACCCCCAUGUCCUCUCUCUCAUUGGAAUUACCCUACCUAAAGAGGGGCUUCCCCUGGUGGUGCUACCAUACAUGAAGCAUGGAGAUCUGCGACAUUUUAUCCGUUGUGAGGAGAAGAACCCUACUGUGAAAGAUUUAAUAGGCUUUGGGUUGCAAGUAGCUCGAGGGAUGGAGUAUUUGGCCCAAAAGAAGUUUGUACACAGAGACCUUGCUGCUAGAAACUGUAUGUUAGAUGAGACAUUUACUGUGAAGGUGGCAGACUUUGGGCUGGCCAGAGAUGUCUUUGACAAGGAGUAUUACAGUAUCCGGAGACACCGCCAAGCCAAGCUUCCAGUCAAAUGGAUGGCUCUCGAGAGCCUGCAGAUCCAAAAAUUUACUACCAAGUCUGAUGUAUGGUCCUUUGGGAUCCUCAUGUGGGAGCUGAUGACACGAGGGGCCUCCCCAUACCCAGGAGUGGAUCCGUAUGAUAUAACCCACUACUUGUUGCAAGGAAGGCGACUGCCCCAACCCGAAUACUGCCCAGAUCCACUGUAUACACUGAUGCUGAACUGCUGGGCCCCAAGUCCUGAGGAACGACCAACUUUCUCUACCCUGAUCCAGGAAGUGGAACAUAUUGUGUCUUGCCUAAAGGGGGAACAUUACAUCAACCUCAAUGUUACCUAUGUCAACCUUGAUCAAGGCCACCCAUUCACCGCCCCAGUCAAUUGUGAAGAAGAACUGGACUCUAGUGGGGUGAGUGAAGAAGAGGCUGCUGCUGUGUACUAAGUGAUACUCUUUGAGUGGGCACAGACCUGUUCAGCGAUCUGAGAAUGCUUCCUGACUUUUACCCUUUGGGGCCUUGAGUUGCAACAGUCCAGAUUCAUCAGUGGUCCUUAGUCUACCAUUUACGCACCACCUACUUUGUCAGUGCCUUGUGAGUUCAAGAAAGCCACAGAAAAGAUCUGCUGUGAUAACCUCUACUCUUCUGGUUGGGGUGGGGUAGGGUGGAUCAAAAAACAAAAAGCAGAGGUAAGCUCAUCCCUUGCCUAAGAUGUGGGGCAGGUCCCCUUAAGCUCUUGAGAAGAGACAUAUUCAUAAUACCUAUGAACAUGUGUGCAGGGCUGUGUUUAUUGCUAUGAAGUAAUUUAAUGUCUCAGCCUGUGGCUGAAUUUGUAUAUAAAGGAAUAAAUUGGCCAUAUGUGCUG